GAUGACGACGAGUUCGAAGUGCCGUCCGUGACGGAGACGCAGAAGGUCGCGGCCAACUGGGACGACGAAGAGGAGGAGGAGGAGGUGCCCGUCGUGGCCGCCAAGGCCGAGUCGGCCGCCCCCAAGGGCCCGCUCAAGCCCAAGCAGCUCAAGAAGAUGAAGCUCAAGGAGAUGGAGGAGAAGCAGAAGAUGGAGAUCGCCCUCACCAAGGCGCGCCUCGCGGCCCAGGCCGAUGAGACCGAAGACCAGCGUCGCGCGCGCGAGAAGGCCUCUAUUGAGGAGGCGGACUUCGAGAUGGCCAUCGACGCCUUCGCCGGCGCCCCGCCCAAGCCGGCGGCCGGCGCUGCGACCGGCGCCGACGAGGCCAUCUCGGCCAUGCGCCUGCUGUCGCUGGCCGACCACGAGCACCUGGGCGACGCCGUGUCGGCCCGCCUGGCCACGUCCAACUCCAAGUACGCGCUCGAGUGCAUCAAGGUGAUCCUCACCAAGGCGUCCGUGAACCUCACGGCCGACGACAUGAAGGAGAUCACGACCAUCAUUAACGUCAUCAAGAACGAGAAGAUCGCGGCCGCCAAGCCCAAGGGCAAGAAAAAGAAGCAGACCGGCAAGCAGGGCUACGCGAACGUCGAGCGCAGCGUCGGCAACGGUGGCGGCGCCGGCGGCAUGAACUACGCCGGCUACGAAGACACUUACGACGACUACGACGACUUUAUGUAG